CCUCGUCGCUCCUAUUUUGGCCCAUCUAAAUGGACUGCAGUCCAACCGAACUGCCCUCCGGCUCCCCACACCAUUGGCACUGCCGCAGAGGCGAGCCAUGUCGGCGUCCGCCGCCGCCGUCGUGAGCCGGCUCGGGAUCAGAUUCCGCCGGCUCUCCACGCUCCCGGAGUUCCCGCCGGCCGCGGCGGGUGCGCUGCAGCCGCAGCACCCGACCUCGAAGGACGCCUACUUCGCGGCGGUGCACCACCUCUCCACCAUCGUGCGGCGCGACUUCUACCUGGAGCGCACGCUGAACCGCCUCCGCCUCCCGUCCCCGUUCCCUCCCGACCUCGCGCUCCGCGUCAUCCGCGCCGCCGCCCCUGCCGCGCCGCUCCACGCCUCGCGCUUCCUCGCCUGGCUCCGCGCCAAGCCGUCCUUCGCCGCCUCCGCCGAGCACUUCGACGCGCUGCUCCUCCCGCUCGCGCGCGCUCGACUCAUCCCCCACCUAUGGUCCCUCGCCUCCGACAUGCGCGGCCUCGGCCUCCCCCUCUCGCCGACCACCUUCUCCGCCGUCAUCUCCUCGUACGGCCAUUCCCGCCUCCCCGACCAGGCCGUCGAGGUGUUCAACCGCCUACCCCGAUUUGGCUGCCCCCAGACCACCGAGGUCUACAACGCUCUCCUCGACGCGCUCUGCGCCAACGGCAACUUCGCCGGUGCCUACAAGCUACUCCGGAGGAUGGCGCGCAAGGGCGUGGCCCCCGACCGCGUCACGUUCAGCACCCUCGUCGACUCCUGGUGCGCAGCGGGGAAGCUCCAGGAGGCGCAGGCGUUCCUCGACGACAUGGCGAGCCGCGGGUUCCGCCCACCAGUACGCGGCCGUGACCUCCUCGUCGACGGGCUCGUCCGUGCUGGGCGCCUGGAGGAGGCCAAGGCGUUCGCCCUCCGCAUGACCAAGGAGGGCGUCCUCCCGGAUGUUGCAACAUUCAACUCCCUUGCUGAGGCGCUUUGCAAUGCUGGAGAUGUGGACUUCGCCGUGGCUCUUCUUGCUGAUGCUUCCAGUCGAGGGCUGUGUCCAGACAUCUCAACGUACAAGGUGAUGCUGCCAGCUGUGGCCAAGGUUGGCCGAAUUGAGGAGGCAUUCCGGUUGUUCUAUGCGGCUGUCGAGGAUGGUCAUCGGCCAUUCCCAAGCCUUUAUGCAGCGAUCAUUAAGGCGCUUUGUAAGGCAGGGCGCUUCGCAGAUGCUUUCGCCUUCUUUGGUGAUAUGAAGAUGAAAGGGCACCCACCAAAUCGGCCUGUGUAUGUGAUGCUUGUCAAAAUGUGUGUGAGGGGUGGUCGGUUUGUGGAGGCUGCAAACUACCUCGUUGAGAUGAGUGAGGCUGGGUUCACACCCCGGGCACCGACCUUUAAUGUUGUAGUUGAUGGGCUUCGACAUUGUGGGAAGCACGAUCUCGCCCGGAGAUUGGAGCAGCUUGAGAUGUCCCUGAAGGGAAAUUAAAUGGAUCAUGGAUGGGGAACUAGAUGCAGUUCUCUCUUCCAGUUGGGGCCUUACAGUUGUGUGCUUUUGCUGCUAGAUUUUCAGGGUCCACGAUAAGCUUUACGGAUUGGUUUCAUUUUAAAUUUUAAAGGGAACAUCUGAUCAGCGAUAUAAAUAGUGUUUAGUUUAAAGUUGUGCGCUGGAACUUAUCAGGAUGAGCAGAUGUAUAUGCAUGUUUCAGAUUGGCCUCGGUGAGGAACUCAAACUCAGACAUUCAGUUAUCAUUUUUUGAUUUCUCUCUCUACUUGGCAGUGUUUCAGUCUUUCAAAUUGGUCUUGGUGAGGAUCUAAGGCUCAAAUUACCGGCAUUUGGUGGAAAAUCGAACUGCAAGUCUUCAACAGUGUUGCAUGUCCUGAUUGCCGUGGGUGGGUGUAUUCACAGUAUUCGAAGGUUUUGGAGGACAAACACUGAUAUCACAAUUGUGAUAUUAAAGCAUCGUGAUCGAUCUGUGCAGCAAAUAUCAUAAAUGAAAGUCGAAGAUAGACCUGGGGAGCUCAACGGCUACAGAAAACCAGUGAUCUGCUACAGAGUGGACAUAGAAGAUGCAGUACAUAUACACAAUAAAAAAAUUCAUGGGGACCAAUGGGAGCUAGGGACAGUGGUGCGGAAGGCUUACGCAUUGACCGUUAUUUUUGUUCUUGUUUUCAUUAUAUUGGUAGACUUUUGGAUGUCCUAUACAAUAUGUCUUUCUGUGAAAUGGAAACACAUCUGAAGUUCAUUCAUAUUACCAACUAACAUUAUGAUAUCAAUGUUCCACGUGGUUUUUGCUAGCUCGCAACUAGCACGGUCAUUCA